AUGGCCUCGGAUGAGAUUACGGGAUACCCUGGCGAUAUUUCUGUUUCCAACAAUGGUAUCAAAGAAGCAGCAGAGGUCAUCAGAGUCCUUGAAGAUGCCCAGGUGCCGUGUUGCAUGGUUGCUGAGCCCGCUCUGAUCUAUUAUGGCACAGGCCGCGUGAUGACGGCCGUCCACAUGCCUUGCACCCCGGAGACCAUCGAGUACAGUCAUAACAGAAUCCCGUACCCAAAGCUGCCAGUUUACACUCAGAGCUUGCUGGACACUCUAAACUUGGUGGACCUUGACGACCUUGUUGACGGGAUGAACCUCACCUACGAAUGGGGCGACGAGAAUCUCGAUCUCGAUCGCGGUCCUGAUGCAAACUGGGGUCGAUGGCGCGCCGAUUUCCUAAGCGAAGGCGCAAAGGCAGAGGAUGAGGAGAUUCCGCAGUGGUGUUUCAACCCACCGAGCUUGCGCACAAUCUGGAGGAAAGCAGUCUCUGCGGAGGCGAAGAGGAACCGGCAGAGCUGGAAGUAUAUGCCUCAUAUGGAAACUAGAUUCAGGAAAUAUGGCCAGCAAGACCCGCGUCUGCGUCCGCGGGCUUACUGUUAA